AGCACUACGCUUCCCAAUUCUUCUCUCCUUAUCUUCAAUUUCAAAUCCUUGAGAUUUGCGGCGAUGGAGUUGAAUCGCCGAUUGGCCUAUUAUCUCAUGUCACAACCGAUCAUGAUCUCCGCGUCGAGAGCAGUCGCAGUCCACGAAUUUUCCUGUUGAUAAUUCAUCAAUGGAUGUCAAUCCGAGUGGAGAAAACUUCAAUUUGACGCCAUCUCCGUCUAUUGAUCUCUCCAAUUUCAUGGAUCCGCCGAGCGCCGCCGCCCCUAUUGACUAUGGUAUGGCGGCCACCUUUCUUCCGGCGCUUCAGAAACACGCCAGUGAUUCAAUUGCCCCUUCACAUUCGCCGCCAACAAUGAUGUAUUUUCCUCCAGAGGUUCAACAGGCGUUCGGCGCAUGGAUGGACACAUCAACCGCUCCAUAUUUCUCUCCGGUUACUGAAUUCGAACCGCCGGUGCCGGAGCUCUGAAAACGACAAUCCGACGCGGUCUCCGCAAUCUCGCCGUCAAUUCAGAUCCGAGGCAAAACUACGCCAUUCUUCCGACCUUCUUCGCCUUUUCCUCUAUCCAAUUCAGGUCAUGUUCAUUAUCUUGUGCUCCAUGGAAUGCAAAAUCAGAUUCAUCAUCAUUAUCGAAUGCAAAACUGUAAUUCUUGCAUUUGAUUUUCUGUCUUCAAUUAAAUGAGUUUUAUCACAUGAAUAUCAUUGUCAAUCUGAUUUCAUCCUCAUCAGAUUUCAUCACAGAUUGAAUAAAUUCAAAACAUAUUC